AUGUACAUUGAAAAUCACAUGGAUGUCCUGGGAAUGGGCAGGAGGCAACUGCAACCAUGGAAUACAGUUGGAGCCUCGAUGCCUUACAUGGAACCGAUAGUCCCAAUUCGUAUAGGUGAUUACACCCGUACGCACAGCUUACUACCUUGGAGACCGAACGUAGGAUUUGAAAAUACAGAAGUUAUUCCCUUGGCUCCUAGGUCGAUAUCGAAUUAUGCGCUGGACACAAGCGGUAAGAUGGCCACACGACCGUUAAAAUUUCCGAACCUGAUAACGGGCUAUCAACGUAAUCCCGUUCACGCGUCACAAGCCGCCCUUUAUACGAGGUACACGCCGCACGAGUGGUUCCAGAAGCAAGUGAAAUAUUACAAUGAGGCGGACUCGCAGAGACAUUAUUCUGAAAGGAUGCGAGGUGACGCUCUGAGAAUCAUCAGAGAUGCCGAGGAGAAGAUACAGCAUGGCCAGUACGAUACCAAUAGGAGACUCGGUGAGAGGAUCAGUGACGUUACUUUCUGGCGUAAUGAAGUGGCGUCGGAGCUGGAGAGGAUGCUCCACGAGAUCGAGAGGCUUCAGGAUUGCCGGGGUGUCUUGGAAAAGGCGAUACGGGAUAUCGAGGGACCUUUACACAUCGCCGAGGAGUGCCUCUACCACAGAGAAGCUAGAAAAAGCACGGAAUUAGUACACGACGACUCGGAAAAGUGUUUGCUGCGCGAGGUGGAAAAUUUGCGGGCAAAUCAAAAGAAACUGGAGGCCUGCUUGGACAGAUGUAAAGACCAGUUACGAAAUUGCAGGGCCUCGCAGAAUCAACUGGAGUUGGACUUGAAGAACAAGGAGAGCGCGUUGGGCAUAGACACAGUUUGCCAUCAUUUGCACAAUCAGAGUCAUGGGUUGCAGUAUUAUUCGGGAGUCGAAAAAUACGAUCCGUGUGUCUCGGAACAGGAAACUUGGGCGGACGCGGCGAAUAAAAUAGUACAGAGAUCCCAGACGGAGCGCAACAAGUCGUGCCAAUUGCGCACCACUGCCGAGAAUCUCGUCAAUAAGGUUUCUCAGGAAAUGUGGAACAGUUGGAGCAGCACCAACAGCGCGUUAGCACACAGAUCAUCCGAAUUACUUGAGGCCAAGAGCAAGCUUCAACAACACCUGCAAAAGGUGCAGCAAGAGAUAUACGACGUAGAGAAGAACUUGGAAUUGAUGCGUAAAGCCAUCGCGGAUAAAAGUUACGCGACUAAAGUCGCACACACGAGGAUGGAGGCGAGAAUGCAUCGGCCCGACAUGGAGCUGUGCCGCGAUUACGCGUAUGCGAGCCUUCAGAAGGAGAUCGACGAAAUAAAUCAUCAACUCGAGCGGAUGCACAAGACGUUGAAGGAACUUGAGAAUCAGCAUCAGAAAUUGCUGAGAACUCGGACAAUGUUGGAGCACGACCUCGCGCUUAAAAUCGAUGCGAUAUAUAUCGACAGGGAGAAGGUCUGCGGUCUCAGACGCGCGUAUCCCGUUAAUGCACUGUUUAGAUUUUAAAGGCAUAUAUAUAAAUAUAAUUUUGUUAACAUCAUAAAUAUAUACACACAUAUA